AUGAAGCUCUUGCUCCUCCUCUCCUCCCUGCUGGCAGGCUCUACUGUCGCAAAUGCAAGUGCACGCCAAGGACAGAGUCCUCUAACAGGCACCACUACCUCCGCCACCAUACAAUCGCGAUUGGAAGACAUCGUCAAGUCCUCCCCAUUGCUCUCGUUCCAUCGCGAUAUCGUCCAGAUAGAGUCUAUCUCUCGUAACGAGCAAGACGUCGGUGACUUCAUCACUGAAUUCCUCCAAGCCCGCAAUUUCACCGUGUUCAAGCAACCCCUUCCUGUGAAGAGCCACGACUCUCGCCCUCGUUUCAACAUCUACGCCUACCCCGCUAAUAACAAUGUGAUUGACCCCGAAUUCCCUGGUGUCCUCCUCACAAGCCAUAUCGACACGGUCCCGCCUUUUAUCCCCUACUCGCUUUCUUAUGAUGCCGGUACCACGACUAUCGACCGCGACGCGGUCCUCAUCUCCGGCCGCGGAACCGUAGACGCCAAAGCAAGCGUCGCGGCGCAAGUGUUCGCCACUCUCGAAACCCUCUCCGACACUCCCAACGCCCCACUAGCCCUGCUCUUCGUCGUGGGUGAGGAAAUCAGCGGAGAUGGCAUGAAGUAUUUCUCCGCCUCGAAUCUGAACACCGCCCCUUCCAGCUUUCACACCGUCAUCUUUGGCGAGCCAACGGACCAUGCCCUCGUCUCCGGCCACAAGGGCAUGGUGGGCUUCAACAUCCUCGCUUCCGGCCAUGCCGCUCACUCCGGAUAUCCCUGGUUAGGUCGGAGUGCUGUCUCCGCUAUCCUUCCGGCCUUGUCCCGUGUUGACAGGCUCGGCGACAUCCCCAUCGAGGAAGGCGGGUUGCCGUUUAGUCCCAAGUUCGGUCCGACCACCGUCAAUAUCGGCUCCGUUCGCGCUGGCGUCGCGGCAAAUGUCGUCCCCGCCGCGGCGGAGGCAGAGGUUGCUGUGCGUCUUGCCGCAGGGACGCCUGAGCAAGCGCGCAGGAUUAUCCGUCAGGCUGUCGUGGAUGCCACGCAGGGCGACGCGGAUGUUCAGGUUGUUUUCCCUGCUAAUGCGGGGUAUGCACCCCAGGAUCUUGAUACGGACGUCGAGGGGUUCGAGAUUACCACCGUCAACUACGGGACUGAUGUGCCCAAUCUUGUUCUUCAUCCGUCCGACAAUGCUACCGUCUCUCGUUACCUGUAUGGUCCCGGCAGUAUCCAUGUCGCACACGGCGAUAAUGAGGCUAUCACCGUCGCUGAACUCGAGGAGGCUGUCCGGGGUUAUCGUCGGUUGAUUGAUGCCGCCUUGGGGCGGAACCAGAAGCAGUAG